GCCGUCGUCCUAACUCGGGACUGGAAGUACGAUGAUACUACCCACAAUGUUCCUAAUGUUAUCAAGGGGCGAAUGCCAACCAGGCUUCUCGUCAACGGCCGACUGCCUCUAUUCAAGAAUGAACCGGGCUAUUUGUUCUAUGAGGGAAGGGAAACAGCCAUGGUCAUGGUUGUCAAAGGCACGAUGGUAGUGCCUGUCGUGCUACCUACAGUAAUCCUGACGAAAGGUGCCAUGCUUCGGCCAUUGGCGGAGCAGACCGCAAACCUAUUGCCUUCGCUGACUUCUGAAUCAACACCAGCACCUGAAGUUCAUGACGGAGGUCGACCAUUCUCCCGGUUUGUCCAUUCCCUUUGGCAAACACUGGCAAAGAACACACGACAACUACAAACUUUGGGAAUGAGCAUGUCUGCAAUUGACGCUUGCUUUGCCGGGCCACACUUGUUGGAGAACAGAAACGCUAUCUUGAAUGCGGUCUUACCUCCUGCCAGAGAGGUUUUGAAGGACGGCACCUUCUCGCUGAAGGAUCUUCUUGACCUACGCCAUGUAUCUGGGGAUUGGCCGGCCGGUAGACAAUGCGUGUAUUUGCGCAUUUACACACACCCCCAAGACCGUCCCGACUACAGAUACAGCGAUUCCUCUCAGGCUGAUAUCAACAAGAAUGUCGGAUUCUACAUUGGCUCAACCAACAAUGCACAGCGACGAAACCAACAACAUGAGCAUGCAACGGACAAUCGUUCAAACAGCUGUUAUGAGAUGCAACACUACCGUAUUGCACGCAAGUCACAAAAACAGCACCGUCACAUGAUCCCCCUUGUUGUUUUCGAUGCCAUUGUUCCUAUACAUCUGUUAAAGAUGGCCGAGCAAACCUUUAUUUUGGCUUUCAGAAGCUACCAGGGCGUUAUUCACGCGCCAGUCAAUACCGGUGGAUCCAGCGGUCUAGUGGGUUUGCAACGGAAGGGACAGUUUCUUUCGUCGAUAGCCAGACCUGUGAUGGAUGCAGUCGCUUGGCCUGCUUUGAAGACACGCGGCUGCAACAUGAGCAGCUCGCUGUUCGAAGAUCAGACAAGAGUCGAACUACUCUGCAGCCCAAUGGUCCCAGGAGACGCGUCCGUUCGAACCUUUACCACGUAUCGCCUCCGAAGAAACCUCUACCCACCCAGGAACCCUAAUGGGUCCAAAUAUGUCAGUAUAAAUUUGCAUGAAGUCAACACGGGCAUUAUAAGGCACGUUGUAUUUGGACUUCCAUUUGGAAGUUUGGAAAUGCAAGGUCCAAAGCCAGGGGAUUCGACCGGAGGAUACCUUGUGUUCGAGGUCAUGGACGACAAAAAAGCGCACCCCAAGGCUUGGUUUGGCGUGCCUUCCAUUGGUCCUUUCGAAAACUUCGACCGAGCGUCUUCGUUCGCUGUCCGCUACGAAUGGUACGACAAGGAUCAACAAAAAUGGUAUUCGAUACCUCUAUCACGGUGGUAUUGGGGACUCAACUUUAUGAAAGGGCAUAUUGCUGAAGGGCGAACGGAAAAAGUGCUUGAGCCCUGGCGUAUUGCUAUGGAUAUAGUUCAAGCGAUUGAAGGCAUUAUCUAUACAGAGCCCCUGAACGACUUCAAACCCCAAAUUCGUGUUGGAGAGGUCAAAAUGCUUCAAACCGAUCACUUAGGCCAGCAGUACAGUUGGAUUACUCGACCUAUGAGAACUAUGCCCGCCCCGAGGUAUGCAACCUUCAACGAAAACUUUGCCUUGAUGUAUCGUCAGUUCAACACUCAACUCACUCACGUGGGACCGACGGAGCCUAUCCCAAGGGAUGCAGAUGUUCUGUACCGCGCCCCAGGGGAUAAUCGGGACGUUGUGAGGUGCGAUUCAUGUUUGUACAUGGGGGAAAAUGUUAAGUGCGAACGAGAUGAGCGCAUAACGGAUGCUUGGGUGUGCAAAUGUUGCUUCAUCCUUUACCGACCAUGCUCCUUCACGGCCCUAAGUGACGCACUUGAGCUGUGGGGACAAGGUCCUCCUUACAGAGGUGCAGGAGGCAGCGCCCGCUUGAGGCGUGUUCCGUCAGGCCCUCAUCGCUUCAUGGCGUAUCAUCUGACCAUGACCGAGGAAGAAAUGGUCACAGUCAAGGCUGUACCCAAGCCUCUCUCCGAGCAUCUUUUGGAACCGGUGGACUUGGAUGAUGGUGAUGGGGAUGAUGAUGUUGUGGCUGAGGUCCUGUAGCCUACUCGUGCCGUAUGACAGACCUGAGACCUGAGGGAUUUCUAUUACAAUCAGGUAAUAAGGAAAGCUUUAGGAAAUACCUACUUAGUUAGGAAGUAGAGGAAGUUUAGAGGUACUAUAGGAUUAUAUCUCUGGGAGCAGAAUGUCCUGGUGGUAAGACCUUACUUAGGAUCCCUUUG